AUGACUUCCAGUGAAUGGCACGUCUUUUCGUCUGAGCAGUUCAAGCAUCUUGAAAAACAAAAGGAUAGGUUUAUCAAACCCACGUAUAAUAUUUUACUACUAUCAUUAUUUCUGCUUCUUCAGAACAAAUUACCGAAACUCAUAUUAUUUGGUUUAUUGUAUUCGCUUUUCGACAAAAUAGGAGGGGCAAAUAUUGCGACAAGUGGAGAGAAAAGAAUAUUUCAGACAGCUGAGUCUGCUUCAACUGUGAUCUCACUUAAAAAUAUCAACACUGAACAGGAGGCAUUGGAGAGGCUCAGGGAUGAAAUAAAAGCAAAAAGGAUAGCCAUCGACAAGGCACAUCAAAAGGCCAUAAAGAAACUCAAGGACGAAACAAAAGCACAAAGGAAAGCCCGCAAUAAUGCACAGAAGGAGGCUGCAAGGCAACUCAAGGAUGAAGCGAAAGCAAAAAGAAAAUCUCUCAAUAAAGCAGAGAAGAAGGCU